AUUUGCCGAUGCCGCCGCCAGCUCCAGUAACCCCGGCUUUGAUGUGAUUCCUGAAUCGAGACAACCCCCCGAAACAUCCGCAUUGUUGUCCCCAAAAUGCUGCGACGGCCUCCUGGCCAUGUCGCUCCCCAGCGCAAGUAUCGGCUGUUGGCACUUGCACUGAUCCUUCUCCCGUGGCUCUCUCUCGCCGAUGCUCAGCAGCAGCACCAGCACCCGCCAGUCCCCGCCCACCAGCCGAGGUCGCCGCCCGAGGACGACCAGCAUGCCGCCCCAAACCUCGCCGCGACGACCGUGACAGGUCGCGGUACGGUCGAGACCCCCCGCAUCCACCAGCGCCGGAAGACGACCGUCACCCGGGAGGCAGAUGACGAAGAGACGCGCCUUCGAAAACUCGCUGGUUCCAACAAUAAUAACAAUAAUAUCCUGAUUCCUGACGAUGCGCGCGCCCACGCUUUGGCUCCGGACCUGUCCGUUCGAGCACCGCCUCCAUCGAAAUACAGAGGCCCCUCUCCCGGGGCUGGUCUCUCGCAGCAUGUUGCGCGGAGCCUGGAGGAUUGGGAAGUGGAAGACUUUGUUCUUCUGGCGACCGUCGAUGGAGACCUCUAUGCCAGCGACCGGAAAACCGGGCAGGAACGCUGGCACUUCAAGGCCGACCACCCCUUGGUCGAGACGAGACAUUUCCGAACCAACCGCUCCGUCCUGGACGAGGACUACGACCCGAUCGACCACUACAUCUGGGUCGUCGAGCCCACACGAGACGGCGAGCUGUACCUGUGGCGACCGAACGGGAACGGCGGCGGCCUGGCCAAGAUGGCCUGGACCAUGAAGAAGGUGGUGGAGGAACUCGCGCCCUUCAAUGACAAGGCCAACGGCGUCCUCUACACCGGAGACAAGAAGACGACCAUGGUCACCCUGAACGCCGCUACCGGGACCGUCAUCAAGCAAUUUGGCUCCACCGGCAGCUACGUCAACAAGGUGGAGUCGGAAAGCUGCUUCAAGCCGAACGCUCUGGCAGACGGCGAGGAAGAAUGCAGCGAUGAUCGCACCAUCACACUUGGGCGCACCGAGUACACUGUCAGCAUCCACCGCUCUGACGGCAGCCCGAUCGCAUCUCUCAAGUAUUCAGAAUGGGGUCCUAACACCUUGGACAACGACCUCAUGCAACAAAAUCUCAUCACCAAGGACAGUCGCUACGUCACUGGCCAGCAUGAUGGCAAAGUCUACGGUUUCGAAUACGGCCGUUUCAGUGAAGAACGUCCCGUAUUCACCAAGACGCUCUCGUCCCCUGUCGCUCGAGUCUUCGAUGUCCUCCACCGUUGGGGGACUGCUCCUGGCGCGGACCCGGAGCUCAUUGUCCUGCCUCAGCCGCCGCUCCCCGCCAGCGACGAGGACAACUUGCGUCUCCGCAGCGAAAAGGUCUUCAUCAAUCAGACCGAGGAAGGGAGCUGGUAUGCUCUCUCCGGGAGCCGAUAUCCUCUGAUUCUCUCCGCCCCGGUUGCACCUAUCCACCGACUCGACUGGCUGGAGGUCAAGGAAUAUUGGGACAUACUAAAUGAGGCUCAAAAGUCCCGUGUGCUUGUUGGAACGCACCAGCUGCCGGACAACUUGGGCAACCCAUCGCGCUUGCUGCUGGAUGCCCCAAGUGGUGGGUCCGACAAGGAGGGUCUCCCUGAUGUCGACUUUCCCAGCCUGCUUCCUUCUCCUCAGCCGGAGCCGCCCGGGUUUAUUGAUGCAGCGAUGAAGCUGCCUGGGCUUGCGGUGACCAGGGUUUUUGACCUUGUCAGCAAUCCUGCAGCAAUCGUUCUUUUCUUUGUCACGCUGUGGUUUCUAUACAAGGACAAGCUGCUUAGCUUCAACCGGAAGUCAUCGGGCAAAGGCGAGGUGCUCGCGCCGCGAAUCGAAGUGAAUCCGACAGCGCCAACCCCGGUUCCUUCUCAAGGGUACGCCCCUGUCGCUGUUGACCCGGCGAGGCCAAAGCAAGAAACUGCGGCCCCUGAUGCCGUUGCCAUCGACGCUGUACCCACGGAGGAGCCUGGAGAGCCCAGCCCAGCGACUAAUGCCCGCGCCAAACGAACAUCCCCAACCGUAGCCUUUGCUGAGCCCCCCGAACCGGCAGCUCAGCAGGAAGCCCGGGGUCAGCCGGUCAUUGAAGGAGCCGAUGCCACAGCGGGCGAGCCUGCCAAGAAGAAAAAGGGACACAGAGGCCGCCGCGGAGGCGUGAAGCAUCGGAAAGGCAACAAGGGUCAGCGCGAGAACUCCCAAUCUCAAGAUGACGAUGCCCCUCAGGAAUCUGUCGAAGAGGUGGUCAAUAAGGCUAAAGCUCUGGUCCGUGAGCCCAAGCUCGAGCCAGACAUUAUUACAGUGUCCGGCGACGGGGAUGAGGUCUCCGGUCACAUCCUUAAGAUGGGUAGCCUUGAGGUCAACGAAGCUGAGCAGUUGGGCACGGGGAGCAACGGUACGAUUGUCUUUGCAGGGAAGUGGGAUGGCCGUGACGUUGCCGUGAAGCGUAUGCUGGUCCAGUUCAAUGAAAUUGCCAGCCAGGAAACUAGGUUGUUGAGAGAGAGCGACGAUCAUCCGAACGUUAUUCGAUACUAUGCCCAGCAAGAGCGCGCCGCCUUCCUGUACAUUGCCCUGGAGCUCUGCCAGGCUUCGCUCGCCGACAUCGUCCAGAAGCCCCACUACCACAGGGAAUUAGCGCAAGCCGGCCAGCGCGACAUGCCGGGUGUUCUGUAUCAGAUCGCCAACGGCCUGAGCCACCUGCAUAGCUUGCGAAUCGUCCACCGUGAUCUGAAGCCGCAGAAUAUCCUGGUCAACAUGGGCAAAGACGGCCGGCCACGCAUCCUCGUAUCCGACUUUGGCCUGUGCAAGAAGCUGGAAGGCGGCCAGUCGUCGUUUGGCGCGACUACUGCUCACGCCGCGGGAACGACUGGGUGGCGCGCCCCGGAGCUCUUGAUCGACGACGACGCGCCCGGCUCUAACACCAUGACGUUCACUGAUCCAGGCUCCAGCGUCCACAGCGCGUCGGGCUCCGCGGUUGUCGAGGGCCCAGGACCUCACCACCGGCGGGUGACGCGAGCCAUCGACAUCUUCUCGCUCGGCCUGGUGUUUUACUACGUCCUGUCGGAAGGCGAACACCCGUUCGACUGCGGCGACCGCUUCAUGCGCGAAGUCAACAUCCGCAAGGGCAACUACACCCUCGACCGCCUCGACUCCCUGGGCGACUUCGCCUUCGAGGCGCGUGACCUCAUCAAGAGCAUGCUCAGCGCGAAACCCAGGGAACGCCCCACCGCAGUCGAGGUCAUGGCCCACCCUUUCUUCUGGAGCUACAAGCGGCGUCUCAACUUCCUCUGCGACGUCUCAGACCACUUCGAGAAGGAGCCGCGCGACCCGCCGUCCCCGGCCCUGGCAUACCUUGAGAGCCACGCCGAGGCGGUCGUCAAGGGCGACUUCCUCAGGCAGCUGCCGCGCGAGUUCGUCGACAGCCUGGGCAAGCAGCGCAAGUACACGGGCACGCGCAUGCUGGACCUGCUACGCGCGCUGCGCAACAAACGCAACCACUACGAGGACAUGCCCGACUCGCUCAAGAAGACGGUUGGACCCUUGCCGGACGGAUACCUGGCCUUCUGGGCACGUAGGUUCCCGAAUUUGCUGAUCGUCUGCUGGAAUGUAGUCUACGACCUUAGCUGGGCCGACACCGAUCGGUUUAGGGAGUAUUAUCUGCCUAUGCCGCCUUCGACUAUCGUUUAGUCAUGAGAUGUGUGUG